AUGACUUCGUCCUAUCCCGCUGCUCCAAGAAUUCAGAAUUUUGCAGAUGGGAAAGGGAAGUCUAAUUCUCAACCCGGCAGCCCCAUCUCCCUCUACGAAAGAUCACCGGAGCGGGUUACAAGGCAAAAUCAAUUACUUCAGCCAGCUCUCCUACCCAGACCAUCUAGAGCCUCAUCAGAGGUCAAUAUUGCUGAAAUCGAGGAGACUAGAGCCUCGGAGAUCUGCUCGAAAUCGGAAAAUGCCUUCCCGCCGCCCGAACAGGUGCCACGAGAGAUGAAAGGGCUAAACAGCAAAAGAAUGAACUGGGUUAAACUCAUUCGAUUGCAAUUAAAUGCUCUACACGAAAAGAAGACAAAAGGCUCUAAUUUUGGCAAGACUGUAGGAGAGACUGAAACAUCGGAGGCGGAGCCAUAUGACGCCAGUCCUACAAGUAGAGAUGAUCACCGGCAAUCCAUUGCAAAGGACCAGACGCCAUCUGCUGAUCCGCCCUCUGAAAUGCCUCAACAACUAUCUGUUCCCUUGUUGAUAGUCAGUGACGCGCACAACUCGUCCCUACUGGACACCGACCACAAAGGCAUCGCCGUUGGAGGGGAUGGGAAAAAGAGGUGCGUUAGCAUUUACAAAAAGUGA